AUGGACACCUUCUGCUGUCACGUGUCAGGCUCUCCUGCGGCACCCACUGCACUGCAAUCGAUUUUUCCAAACGUGUUCACCGAUCAGCUCGGUUUGUGCAGCAAAACUAAAGUGAAGUUGGAGCUGAAAAAAAGUGUUCGACCCGUCUUCUGCCCUAAGCGCCCGGUUGCGUACGCGAUGUAUGAUGCCGUUGACCAGGAACUCGACCGACUGGAAAAUUUGAAUAUCAUCACCCCAGUCGAAUAUUCGGAGUGGGCUGCUCCGAUCGUUGUCGUCCGUAAAGCCAAUGGUUCCAUUCGAAUUUGUGGAGACUAUUCCACGGGGCUUAACGCUGCGCUCCAACCAAAUCAGUAUCCACUUCCCCUACCGGACGAUAUCUUCGCCAAGCUGACUAACUGUAAGGUGUUCAGCCAGAUCGAUUUGUCCGACGCUUUCUUGCAGGUGGAAGUCGACGAACAGUACCGUAAGUUGCUAACCAUCAAUACGCAUCGUGGCCUCUACUCCUACAACCGCCUCCCGCCAGGUGUGAAGAUCGCACCUGGUGCCUUCCAGCAGCUCAUCGAUACAAUGCUAGCCGGUCUGCAGUGCACGUGUGGCUACCUCGAUGACGUCAUCGUCGGCGGAAAAACUGAAGAAGACCACGAUCGCAAUUUGCGGGCUGUUCUAAAACGAAUUCAGGAUUUCGGGUUCACCAUUCGAGUCGGUAAAUGCACCUUCCGCAAGCAGCAAGUGCAGUAUGUGGGUCUUAUUGUCGACAGUCGCGGAUUACGUCCAGAUCCGGCCAAAAUCGAAGUGAUAUCCAAGCUGCCGCCUCCAACCGAUGUAUCUGGUGUGCAAUCAUUUUUGGGGGCUAUCAACUACUACGGCAAGUUUGUUCCCAAUAUGCGCAAGUUACGAUAUCCGCUGGACAACCUUCUCAAGGACGAUGCGAAGUUCCAGUGGACUGAUGAGUGCCAGAGAGCGUUCGAGCACUUCAAACAAAUACUCUCCUCGGAUCUACUUCUCACACAUUAUGAUCCGAAGCGGGAGAUCAUUGUCUCUGCCGACGCUUCUUCCGUUGGGCUCGGGGCAACGAUUAGCCACAAGUUCCCCGACGGCACAAUCAAAGUCGUCCAACAUGCUUCCAGAGCACUCACAAAAGCUGAACAAGGCUACAGCCAACCGGAUCGUGAAGGUUUAGCUAUCGUCUUCGCCGUCACGAAGUUUCACAAAAUGCUCUUCGGACGGCACUUUCGUUUGAAAACCGACCACCAGCCUUUGCUCCGUAUAUUUGGAUCUAAAAAGGGAAUACCGGUCUACACAGCCAACCGCCUCCAACGAUUUGCGCUCAAUCUACUGCUCUACGAUUUUGACAUCGAGUACGUGCCCACCCACAAGUUCGGCGACGCAGACUUACUCUCGAGGUUGAUCAACCAGCACGUCAAACCCGAUGAGGACUAUAUCAUCGCCAGCAUCAACCUGGAAGAGGACCUCAGGUCGGUAGUAUCUCAUACAGUUAAAGCUUUGCCUCUCAAUUUCAGAGCCGUCGCACAAAGCACCCAAGCAGAUCCACUGCUCCGAAAAGUCUACCAUCACAUUCAGCACGGUUGGCCGCAAUCUGAACAUUCAGAAUCCGACAUCCAGCGAUUCCAUGCCAGACAGGAAUCACUCUCCGUGGUAGAUGGGUGCAUCAUGUUUGCCGAACGGCUCGUCAUCCCGUCGCUCCAUCGCAAGCGAUGCCUCGAACAGCUCCAUUGUGGCCAUCCUGGUAUGCAGCGUAUGAAGGCCCUCGCUCGAAGCUACGUGUAUUGGCCCAGUUUGGAUGCUGACAUCGUCAACUUCGUCAAGGCAUGCCAACACUGUGCGGCCGUAGCCAGGUCACCUCCUCACUCUUCACCGGUGCCGUGGCCCAAGCAGACCGCUCCGUGGCAGCGCGUCCACGUGGAUUAUGCCGGUCCAAUCGAAGGCGAAUAUUACCUGAUCGCCGUCGACUCCUUCUCCAAGUGGCCAGAAAUCAUUCAAACGUCCCGUAUAACCUCGGCGGCAACCAUCAGCAUUCUCGGUGGGUUGUUUGCUCGGUUGGGUAUGCCUGUUACACUAGUCAGCGACAACGGAACCCAAUUCACGAGCGCUGAAUUCGCAGAUUUCUGCGCCUCAAACGGCAUCGAACACCUCACAACUGCUCCGUUUCAUCCACAAUCAAAUGGCCAAGCUGAACGAUUUGUUGACACGUUCAAAAGGGCUGUUACAAAAAUUCAAGAGGGGAGAGGAUCGAUACAGCAAGCGUUAGACAUAUUCCUGUUAACGUACCGAAGUACACCCAACCGGGCACUGCCAGACCAAAAGUCGCCGUCCGAGGUCAUGUUUGGUCGCAAAAUACGCACCUGUCUCGAGCUGCUACGUCCCCCAACGGUACGAACUCCAGUGGCACCGUCGGACGAUCACACAAAACCGAGGUUCUUCAGCCGGAACGAUUCGAUUUACGCUAAGCUUUAUGGCCGUAACGGUUGGAAGUGGGCUCCUGGAACAAUCAUCGAAAAAAUAGGAGACGUGAUGUAUAACGUAUGGGUCGAUGAUCGCCGAAUGCUGCGUUCCCAUAUCAACCAACUCCGGAGUCGCCUAGCUGUCGACUCGAUACCAAAGCAACCUGCCAAUCAAGCCACCUCUCGUCAGUAUUCGUUACCGCUCGACAUCCUGUUGGGUGCCUGGAAUCUACCAAAUCAAUCUUCUGGCACGCCAGCACCGUCCCUUGUUGCGAGCGGAUCUGAAUUAUCACCUGUCUCCAGUCACGAGCAUACCUUGCUAGGUUCAGUGCCGGCGCUUGCGUCGUCUACACCACAGCAGGAAGUCUCGGCUUUCCCAUCAACGUCAUCGACAUCAACAACAUCAACUGAAUUCGAAUCCGCCAUCGAAGUCGAAUCCGUGUUAAAUCUACCUAGACGUUCUUCACGAACCCGAAGACCGCCGAACAGGUUUGAUCCGUACCACCUUUAUUAAGAGGGGAGAUGUUGAGGACAACCCUAUCGCGGUGUAUUAAUUAGUACCCCGUUCAGCGCUAGGCUCUAACUCGGCAGCAUAGCUGUCAAUGUGUGAUGCCUGAUAAGCGCAUCAAUGAAAUGUUUUUGUGGUUGUGAGUUUCAGUUUGUUUACGUCCUGUAUAAAGUUGUACCGUGCUUUUAAUGUGUUCGAUAAAAUAUAGUUUGUUUUAAUUGUUAUCGUUCGCGUUUUAUUCCCCUGAUAUAGAGACGAUCCGUAAGCAAGUGUCGGGGACUUACACG